AUGGCUAGCGUGUAUAUUCUGCUUAUAUUACUUUGUAAUAUUUUAGGUUGUGAUGCAGGCGACUUCUGUUACCAGUAUCUCACCUACUCCUACACCUACGGACAGGAGUACUACUCCUACUACGGCUAUUGUGACGCAGGCUGCUGUGGUUAUACAGUGUACCGAACAUGCUGUCAGAACAAGAACAAUGCAGGGAUGAUAGCCGGUAUUGUGGUCGGUGUUCUCCUUUUCAUCGGUGCUAUUGUCAUCAUAGUCGUUUGUAUUUACAAAAAUUCAAAACCAAUCGAACUGCCGACGGAUAAUGAAAUUGAGGCCACUCCGUCGGAGUGUAGUGAUAUCGUGUGUAAGUACGUUAUUCUUCUAGGCCAUAGUGUAGGUGAGGAUGGAGACGAACCUUUUCAUCCCCCUCCCAAUUCACUGGGAAGCAGUCCGCCAUACGACACGAUGGGACAAACCAAUCCUGCCAUGACGACAGAGGCGUCCGUUUCCCCACCACCUCCUUACACAGAUGAAAAUAGGUACUAG